UCAUCUUUGUUCUUGUUUUCUUUAUUCUCUUUGGGUCACAAUGGAGUUCGGAGAUGAUAGGAGUCUUUACCUUAGAGACACAUGGAGAGAAGCAAACACAAUCUGCGGCGUCCUGCCCAUGAAUCCGAGCUCGAGCGGGAUAUGGCCAUCCACUAAGCUCCAAGAUCCUAAAGCCAACAUUGAGUUCUGGAACUACAUGUUUCCACACGUUGAGAUCAUUUUCCUCAUCGUCACCGUCCUAUGGCAAUUCUUCCAUUUCUUCUUCAAACGUCUUGGCAUGAUUCGUUUCACUUCCCACAUGCUUACAGGAAUUCUUCUCAGCAAGUCGUUUAUGAAAGAGAAUACACCCGCGAGGAAUUUCUUUUCGACAGAAGACUACAAAGACACUCUGUUUGGUCUGGUUGGUGCGUGUUCUUACAUGAUGUUCUGGUUCUUGAUGGGAGUGAAAAUGGACUUGAGUCUAGUCCGCAACACAGGGAAGAAAGCCAUCACCAUCGGCCUCUCCUCUGUGUUGCUCUCUAUAACGGUUUGCUCCUUCAUCUUCUUCGUCAUCUUAAGAGAUGUAGGAACCAAAAAGGGAGAACCGGUUGUGAAUUUCUUCGAAAUCAUCAUCAUCUACUCCAUCCAAUGCCUUUCGUCCUUUCCUGUAAUCGGAAACCUUCUUUUCGAGCUGAGACUGCAGAACUCAGAGCUUGGUCGUCUCGCUAUGUCAUCUGCUGUGAUCAGUGACUUCAGCACCUCGGUCCUCUCUGCGGUUCUCGUCUUCUUAAAGGAACUCAGGGAAGAGAAAACUCGGCUUGGUUCCAUAUUCAUCGGAGAUGUUGUCGUCGGAAACCGUCCUUUGAAGCGUGCAGGGACAGUGGUGGUCUUUGUUUGUUUCGCCAUAUACGUUUUCAGGCCACUGAUGUUCGUUAUCAUCAACAGAACACCUUCUGGUCGUCCCGUGAAGAAAUUCUACAUAUAUUUAAUCAUCAUUCUUGUCUUUGGAUCAGCCGUUCUUGCGGAUUGGUGCAAGCAAACUAUUUUCAUCGGACCUUUUAUUCUAGGCCUGGCGGUUCCGCACGGACCGCCUUUGGGAUCUGCCAUCGUCCAGAAGUUCGAGUCCGCGGUUUUCGGCACAUUCCUUCCCUUCUUCGUGGCUACAUGCGCCGAGGAGUUUGAUACUUCUAUGUUACACUCUUGGACAGAUUUCAAAAGUAUCUUCAUCAUCGUCUUUGUAUCCUUUGUCGUCAAAUUCGCCCUCACCACACUCCCUGCCUUGUUGUUCCGUAUGCCCGCAAAUGACUGCCUUGCUCUCUCUCUUAUUAUGUCCUUUAAAGGCAUCUUCGAGUUCGGCGCUUAUGCGUUUGGGUUCCAAAGAGGAUCUAUUCGGCCUGUGACCUUCACCAUCUUAUCUCUUUACAUCUUGUUGAACUCUGCAAUAAUACCUCCGAUCUUGAGACGAAUAUACGAUCCUUCGAGGAUGUAUGCAGGAUACGAGAAGCGGAACAUGCUUCACAUGAAACCAAACUCCGAGUUGAGGGUUCUGUCGUGUAUCUACAGAACCGACGACAUUCAUCCCAUGAUCAAUCUCCUUGAAGCUACGUGUCCUUCAAGAGAAAGUCCUGUAGCUACUUACGUCCUUCACUUGAUGGAGCUCAUAGGACGAGCUUCUCCGGUUUUCAUCUCUCACCGUUUGCAAACAAGAAAAAGCGAGGACACUUCUUAUAACUCCGAGAGCGUCAUUGCCUCCUUUGAUCAGUUCCACAAAGAUUUCUUCGGCUCUGUUUUCGUCAGCACUUACACGGCUAUAUCUGUUCCCAAGACGAUGCAUGGAGACAUAUGUAUGCUCGCUUUGAACAACACAACGUCUCUCAUCAUCCUUCCUUUUCACCAGACUUGGUCUGCUGAUGGAUCUGCCAUUGUCUCCGACAGUCUCAUGAUCCGGAAACUGAACAAGAGCGUCCUCGAGCUCUCUCCUUGCUCUGUCGGAAUCUUCAUCUACCGGAGCAACAAUGGUAGGAGAACGAUCCGAGAGACGGCUGCAAACUUCUCAUCUUACCAAGUAUGCAUGCUUUUCCUUGGAGGUAAAGACGAUAGAGAAGCCUUAACACUCGCCAAGCGCAUGGCUCGUAACGCACGGAUAAAGAUCACAGUGGUUUGUCUGGUCUCUUCUGAACAAAGAGCCAAUCAAGUAACUGAUUGGGAUCGAAUGCUCGAUUUAGAACUGCUCAGAGACGUGAAGAGCAAUGUUCUUGAAGGUGUCAGCAUUAUCUACUCCGAGCAAGUAGUGGAUGACGCCUCACAAACAUCAACACUGUUAAAAUCGAUUGCAAAUGAAUAUGAUCUGUUCAUCGUCGGAAGAGAGAAAGGAAGGAAGAGUGUUUUCACGGAAGGGCUUGAGGAAUGGAGUGAGUUCGAAGAACUUGGCGUGGUUGGAGAUCUCUUGGCUUCACAAGAUCUUAAAUGCCAAGCUUCGGUGUUGGUGAUUCAGCAGCAACAGCAGAUGAUUUAGGUUUUAAAUAUACAACCAUGAUAAAAUUCAACGCUUAGAAAUAACGUUGCCUUCAUAUACAAGUAAUGAUUACAAUGUUUUUGAUUAGUGUAUAUAUUUCAUACAAGUUUGUUUCAGAAGUUGUGAUGACAGUUAGGUUAUUAUGCUUGUUUGGGAGGUCGGGCGACUGGCAGGACAUGUCAAGUCAGCUGUAACACCCGGUUUCCUCGAAAUAAUAUAAACGCAAAGUUAACAUAAUAAUAGAUACUGAAAGAAUCAUAAACUCCGCAUUAUAAUAUCAAGUUAAAUACAUGACCAUAAGUCAAACUGAAAAUACUGAUAACAACAUAAGUCAGAAAUAUAAAAAUAACAUAAAUCCGAAAGUCUAAGAUACAAAAUAACAUAAACGAUAAAAGUCCAAAAACCUAAAAAUCCGAUAACGAUAAAAGCGAUAGAAGUCCAAAAGCCCAAUAGCACCGGUCCGAUAAUCACUCUUGCUCGUCGGUCUCACCUGAAAGGGUAAAAGAAAGGCGGGGUGAGCAACAUGGGAGUUGCCCAGCAAGGUAUGUGAUGCUAAACCGCAAACCACUGACUCAGUUCAUAGCACUACAACUAUGUAGGCUUAAGCCCUAACAUAAAACAAACACGGUGUCUAUUAUACCACACAAAAUAACAAUCAAUGCGCUAAUAGCAUACAGCUACUCUCUGCACCACACAUUUCCUCAUAAGGAUAUGCACAUAUACUCGUAGCGUCGCUAGUAUAGUAUGUCUCUGUACCCCCGCCCAUCAUAGUGUCGAAUGCAAACGUCUCUGCACCACGCCCAAAACAGUAGCAUCGAAGCUCAAACGUCUCUGAACUCACGCCCGUAACACCAUAGCGUCGAAGCUCAGACAUCUUUGAACUCACGCCCUCUCGCAUAGCUCCUACUCAUAACUAUGUAUAUACAUAUAUAUAUAUAUAUAUAACAGUUUUUAACAUCAAUCAAUUCAAUCAACCGUUGAAUCAUCUAUUAUCCUAGUUCCGGUUUAACAAUCAAUACAAAUAAUGAUCAAUCAAGUCUCUUAAAAAUAAUGAUCAAUAAAAAUACCAGACUUUUUUUUAUCCGAGACAAAGCAAACUUCAACUUUGUUCAUUAUUUCCGACUUCAUUUUGGCUAUAUGGUUAUAGUUGAUCCACAAGGAACAAGUGGUGGUUUGGCAUUGUAUUACAAUACUGAUUUCAACAACAACAUUAUAUACGCCUGUAACAGAAUGAUAGAAGUUGAAGUGUAAAUUUGCGGGAAAAAGUAUUUAUGACUUGUAUAUGGAGAAGUCGUUCAAAACAAGAGGGAUCAAGUACGAGAAAGACUGGCGAGGUAUGGACUACAAAGACAGAACCUUGAUUUAUUAUAUGAGACUUGAAUGAGAUUACUAGAAAUUAUGAAAAACAAAAAAAAAGACCUGACAGAAACAUCGGAUCCUUUAUGGGUUUUAAUAAUAUUAUAAGAAAUUGUGGUCUACUUAAACUUUUAGGUUUGGAAAAUACGAUAUCAUGGCAAGGAAGAAGAGGGAACAAAAUGGUUAGAUGCAGAUUGGAUAAAGCAUUGGCAAACGGGGACUGGCAUACUUUAUGUCCAUGCUCUUUAACAGAAAACUUGGGAUUAGUAGAAUGUAACCACAUACCGAUAAUAGCAACUAUUGAGGACGAAGUUACAAGGAGGAGAGAAAUUUUUUGGUUUGACAAAAGAUGGAUCAAACAAGAGUGUCUACUUGAAUCUAUUACCCCUGGAUGGUUUUCAGAUAUUGGCCGACCAGAACAAGACUUUGUGACUAAGUUGAGUAAUUGUAGACACAAAAUUUUCAGAUGGAAGAAAAAUAACCCUCCUUAUGGAAAAAAGAAGAUAAGUGAGUUACAGAAAGCUUUAGAUGAGGUUAAACAAGAUUAACUAUAAUUCAAAAGGAUAUAUUAGAAAUUUCCAGAAAUUUACAUGAGGCAUAUAAGAGAUGAGGAGGAUUAUUGACAACAAAAGAGUAGGAAUAUCUAGCAUACUGCAGGGCAUUCAAAUACAAAAUUUUACCAUGAACUGACAAAACAAGGAAGGUCUAGGAACAUGAUAAUUGGUUUACAUAAGGAUGAUGGACAGUGGGUAACAAAGGAUCAGGAGGUGGAGAAUGCGGCGGUGGAUUAUUUUACAGAUAUUUUCACAUCUAUUUCUCCAUCUAAGUUUGAUAAUUUUCUACAAAGUCCUGACAACUAUUACUGAACAGAAGAGGAAGUUUGACAAGCUUUGCUUAUGAUGCAUCCUGUAAGAACACCAGGACUCUGGUCUAGAGGAAGUCCUGACAACGCUUUUUUCUAGCAUGCGUGUCACAUGGUCUAGAUGGAUAUUAUCGAGCAGGUGAACAAUUUCAUGAGAACAUAGAAAUUGGAUGGGAGGCUGAAUAUGAAAAAUAUAUGUUUGAUUCCAAAAACUCAAAUACAAACGGAUUUACGUCCAAUCAGUCUUUGUAAUGUGGGUUACAAGAUUAUAUGAAAGGUCCUAUGUAAGCGACUAAGGAAUUGCCUACCAAAGUUAAUCUCGAAAACACAAUCUGCUUUUGUCUUAAAAAGAUAAAUAUCAGAUAACAUAUUAAUAGCGCAAGAGAUGUUCCAUGGAUUGAGGACAAAUAAAUCAUUUCAGUAGAAAUUUAUGACGAUCAAAGCAAAUAUGAGUAAAGCUUACGACAGGGUGGAAUGGAGUUUUGUUCAGGCACUACUCACGAAAACAGGGUUCGAUUCACAAGGGAUCCAGUUGAGGAUGAAAUGUAUUAUAUCAGUGCAAUAUAAAGUGCUCUUGGAAGUGUUCUGGGUCGUGCUGAAGCAGUGGCUGAAGUACUCGACGGAAGAGAAACACAAGCGGGUAGCUUAAGAAUCUUUCAGUAGCAGUUGUUAGGGUGUAACAGACUGUGUAAAGCUGAUUAAGCAGAACUUGUAAUAGAGUGUAUAAGGCGAUUUCUAAUAAAGCUUAAGGGUUGCUUAUAGAUGUUUGUCUCUUGCUUUACUUUCUGCAUUACCUUAUUGUUGUGUCAUCUUACAUUUACAUCCUGGAGGUUCAAAACACACAGAUUUUUGGAUUCUUUCAUGAAAGGAUGCAUAAAAGGGUGAAUGGAUUAACAUUUAAAUAUCUGAGAAAAGGAGGGAAGCAAUUACUUAUAAAAUCAGUUGCAACGGCUAUGCCAAAUCAUGUCAUGUCCUGUUUUAGAUGACCAAAAACAAUUACGUCGAAAUUAACAAGUAUUAUUAUAUCACAAUGUUGGUGGAGUUACAAAGGAAAUGGAAGGGGUAUGCACUUGAUUGCUUGAAAUAAACUAUGUUUUUCAAAAGAGGAGGGAGUUAUAGGAUUCAAGACCCUUGUGGACUUUAAUACAUAAAUGCUACGAAAAUAGUUCUGGAAAUUAAUCAAAAAGCCAAACUUUCUAUUUUCUAAAGUAUUUAAAGUUUAAUACGUCAGGAACACGAGCCCAUUAGAACCAAUACGAUCAUAUUCGUCAUCGUAUGGUUGGCAUAGUAUUGUAUCAGCUAGAUCUCUGGUAAGCAGACGACUAUACAAAAGGGUGGAACAUGAUCGUCUAUCUCAGUAUAGAAUGAUCCUUGGAUCCCAACCAACCGCCUGAGACCAGCAACCAGUAAAUCAACUCUUUUUGACUAUGCACUUAUUGUAGACAAGCUCAUCAAACCUACAUCUCACAAGUGAAAUUCACUGAUUUUAAGGACAUUGGUGGAACCAGAAGAUGCAUCACUCAUAGAAAGCAAUCCGGUAAGUCAGAUACCAACGAUGGAAAAAGAAGGAUGACACUUUACACAAUCCAGAAAAUAUACGAUCAAUCUGGUUAUCAAUUAGAAAAACUUUACCAUUAUAGAGUUCGAAAUGUACCAGUUUACACCUGGAUACAAAGGCUAUGCGAGAACACUCAUGAAAAAUAUGUGUUCACCAAAGCUAAAACACUUUCUUUGGCAAAUUAUUUCAGGUUGUUUACCAAUGAGGAAUAACCUAAUAUCAAGAGCAAUAAAAUGUGAUGUCCUCUAUGAAAGGUGUGGAGCAUAAGAGGAAUCAAUAAACCAUAUUUUAUUUGAAUGCCCACCAGCUGUUCAGUUAUGAGACUUAUCAAAGAUACCCACGAAUCCAUGUAAUUUUCCUCUACAGUCGAUUUGUGUGAAUAUGUAUUAUUUCUUUUGGAGGAUCUCAUGGCAAAUCUAUACUAUUAAAGCAUAAUCCCUACUAGGAUUCUGCCUUUGCUUCUUAGAGAUAUUUACAUCAUAUCUCGAUCCUCCUUUCUGCACAGCUAUGGGUUCUCUCCUCAUCAAGUUUCAACUUGUUCCAUAAUCUCCAAAGUUCUCCAAAACGUACCUAAACCUAUAAAUGACCUAGAAUAGACUCGAAUUAUAUAAUAUACUCUAAAUAUGACCUAAUAUAUGGCCUAAAGUAGUAAAUACUAGGGCAAAUCAGCUAGUGAAUCUGUUUUUCCAUGUUGGUGUUGAUAAAUUCAAUCCAUAUUACCGCCGUACUGCUGCUUUCUGGUGAGAUUCUCUGAAUUUUGAGCCUGCUUGAUAUAGUUUUGACUAUUCCUACUUGAAGUUGCAAAGAUUUACCCUCUAUUGAAUUUUGACCAUGAAAUCUUAUGGUGAUUUCUAAAUAUGCCGUUUUCCAGUGUUUCCGGUGCCCUUUUGGAGACUCUUCCUUUACUCCGACGAACCCAUUUCCACUUCAACUUCCUGGUAAGGUCAUUCUUUCUCUUUAAGCUGAUUAAGGUGAUAUUUGUAAUGUUAUACUUAUUUGGUGAUAUGCUUUGUUUUACCGGCUGUGAUAGUCGUCUCCCUUCAGCUCUCGUUGGUGAUUAUCCUCCACCCACCUUAGACUCAAUUUUUUUUUUUGCUGUUGAAAAAGAGUCUCCACCUUGAGCUGAUGAGUCAUUUGUUUCAAAUCUAUCUCCCUAAAUCAGACUUUUUGCAAACGUCACCUUCUUUGAGUUAUUCUUUAUGAUUUCUUUCUCCACUCUAGGAAUGUUCUUCUUACUCUUAUCAAUUGUGCCUUGUAGAUAAUAAACUCCAUCGUGAUAUUUUUAUGAUAUCACCUUCUUGUUAUCUUUGUAGAAGUACACAUGAAUUUUUUUCUUUUAUAUUUGCAACCUGAUUUUUCUAUUAAAAAAGCCUGAUUUUUCUAACAUCCCACAGGAAAUUAAAUUUCUAUUCACCUCCAGUAUGUAUCUAACAUCUGUGAGUAUCACUUCAUAGCCAUCUGAAUUUUAUUUUUCCAAUUUGUUUGAUGUCACAUUGAAUGUUAUCAGCCAUUAACACUGGACCACCAUUGAAUUCCUUGAAAUCAAACAUAACAUCCAAAAUCCAUAAUCCAUAAUCCAUUCUUGGUUAGUGUCUUGUGCACUAGCUGUUAACACUAAUAGUUGCUUCGGCUCCAUUGUAAGGUUUGCAGACUCUGAAUGUCUCCUUUCAGGACAUUCUCUUUUCCAUUGUCCUCCUCCACAGAUAAAACAACCUGUUUUUUUAGAAUCUUUGAUUGGACUUAGAUAUUGCCCUGCCGUUAGAUUUUCCUCUCCAUGGAUUUGAUUUUCCUUCAUAACUUCUUUUAUCUGAUCUGCCCUUUGAUUCUACAUACAAGCCCUCUGCGUCAGGCCUGGAUUUUUUCAGGAGUCUCUUUUCCUUUAACUCCACUUCUUUGGAGUAUGCUGAAUUAAUCAUGAUGUUCAUGGUAAAAGUUUCUUUUGCAGUUCUGUACUUAUGCGUGUCAACUAGUGAAUCAAAUUACUGGGGAAAGCUAGAUAGAACUUGAAUUAUUCGGUCUUCAUCGCUAAUGUUGAUAUUUAGACUUGCAAUUAAGAUCUGAAACUAGCUUAAGAAAAGUAUCCAUGUUUUCCUCCAUGCUCUUGUGAUCUUCCAUCUUGAAGCUCGCAAACCUUUGCUUCAUGUAAAUCAUGUCAGGAAGUGUCUUCGUUUGGUAAUCUCUUUCCAAAGCCUUCCAAACUCCUAUCGUAGUUGUUUCCUUCAUCAUCUUAUGCAGAACCAAAUUUCCUAGGCUCAUGCAUAUUAGAUUCUUUGCCUUUUUUCCUUCAGCGGAUCUACUUUGACUUCUGGCAGUUCUUCGUCUUUAUUCUUCAUGUAUCAGAAGGCGUGAUCGAAACUUCCUGAAUCAUAUAAUCUAACCCUAGAAGCUCCAAUUGCAUUAGCAUCUUGUACUUCCAUAACCCAAAAUCACCUUUUCCAUCAAACUUCUCAACUUCAAACUUUCCCGAUAUUGAUUCCAUAUCUCCUCCUAGCACUUGUAAUCAAACUUGGAUUGCUCUUAUGACACUUGUUAGGUUUUAAACAUUUUCUUAGUGCUUAAACUUAGAAUGAAAUCAAUAUCAAAACUCUCUCUCUUUAUUCACAUGGUUUCCUUACAAAAACAAAAUAUAAUUCACAAGUUUUCCUUAAGAACCAUAACCUUAACUAUUGAUUCUAUUGUCUCUCUCUAUUUCCCUAGCUCUCGUAUUUUUUUCUUCUUUCUCGGAUGCCUUCAAAAGCCUAUAUCACCUCUAUAUUUUUAACACUCACCAUCUUCAAUAUCUUAUUCCCUUUUGGAUUCAUAUCACGUCUUUGACCGAUAUGACAAAGAGAAAAUUAACGUCUUUUUCUUACUUGGUUUUGUAUCUAAUUCUUGUUGGACUAGAAUUGUAGUUGGGCCAAGAUUUGAGUCUUUCUCUCUAUAUACACUAUUUAACUUAAUUAUGAAUUUUAAUGGAGAAUACUAGUUUCAAACUUGAUUAGGGAAUUGAACUUUUAAAAUUUUUGAUUAGAAAAGCAUCGUUUACAAUUCAUUAACCACAGUAAAAGACCAAUUUUGUAAUGGUUAACUUGAGUUAGGAUGAAUAUGCGGUUUAUUGAUUCUUUUUUUGUGAGUUUUUCUUUUGUAUAAUCUGGGAUAUUCCAAAUCUACAAAAGUGCUUACAUUUAUUCUUAAGUAUUCAAAUGAACCAUAAGUAAUAAAUUCAUAUCUGCAUGGUCACACUGUAGUAGAGUAUCUUUAAAUCCAGACGAAGAUCGCCUGUAAUUAGACCACCACUAUGUGAGUAUUUUUAUACUAUCUUAUGGGGCCUGAAUCAAUAAAAAUAUGAAAAUUUAGUUUCAUAAAAUUAAUAAUAUAUAUAUAUAUAUAUAUAUCUGUGUUAUUUUUCUUUAAUAUUUUUAUGUUUAUUUUCCUUGGCAAUUGAACCCAAAAAAGAAGGAAUAAGCAUAAUCAUGACAUUGUAGGGCUCAAAAAGAGAAGAAAAACAAGAUUUUCUCGUACAAUCGAAAUUUCUUAUUGUCUGUAAAAGAAACGUACUAUACUAGUCCUGAAAUCAUUUUUAAGCAGUACCAAGUUUGGCCUUUUGCUUUAAGGAAAAGACCAAUUAAUAGAGUAUGCAAUCUCUAUAUAAUCACUCUCAAGUCUUAACUUUUCCCUUAAGCAUAAUAAAUAUACAAAUAGUACAUGGGUAAUAUAUAUUUUAAUAAAAUGGAUACAAAACUUGUUUCUUGAGUUUUAAGUAUAUGAUACUACAAUUAUAGCACAACUACAGCUCCCAUUGAAAUAAUUAAAAAAAUAAUUCAAUAAUGAAUAACUUAAGAUAAAGUUUCAAUAUUAAAAUCCACAAAGCACCUCAUCCAUCUUGUAAGAAGAUACGUUAAGAUCUGCACUUCCACGGUAAUUAAAUCAAAAAUCAAAUUCUUUCUACUUUACUUAGAAUUUUUGGAUUUAACUUUAAGAGAUAUAGCUGUAAAAUUUUCUACAGAUAAAAAAUGAAGUUUUAGAAAAUAAGAUUUUUACAACCAUUUUUUGUGUGUUUUUGCUGUAGCUUUAAUUUUUUUAUUGUAACUUUAAAAAUCAAGAUAAAACAUGAUUGAUAGUAUUUAAGGUUGUAGAUGAAAAAUAAAGUUAAAGUCACUUCUUACAGUCCAACCAAUCACCCAUCCAUAUGUUUUCACUAGUGUUUCA